UUCACAAACCUCACUUCCCAAUUAACCGCUGGAAAACCCAAAGAGAAAGCAGUGCUAGUGACAUUAUACCUGCAGAAUAUGGAGAAGGCUGUCCUUGCAGCUGCAGUCAGAAAUACAAAAGAAAGACAGAAUGUGGAAGGGCCUUUUAUGGACAUUGAAACACGAAGGGUUGAGAAAUGCAGCCUGAUGAAGACAUUCAGGCUGAAGGCAGGAAACCAGACCAUGGACAUUCUCUGCACCACCAUUCAGAAGGAAAGCUUGGGAGGUGCUGUCGCAUUUAUAUCUUAUGCUUCCAUUGGUUCCAUCAUCAAUGAGAGCUUUGUGUCUGAGGAAAACCUAAUGACGAAGGAAAAGUUGCAUAAUUUCUACCUGAACUCCAAGGUAGUGAGUGGUACAAUGGGAUCCAGAAAGAACACCUCGCUCUCCACGUCCAUUAAUUUCACAUUUCAGCAUGAAAAGAUAAAGAGAGAAAAUGAGCAGCCCCUCUGUGUCUACUGGCAAGGGUCCUCAUGGUCUAAUGAAGGCUGUCAAGUCAUUUCCUCAGAUGAAAAUCAAACUGUUUGCAGCUGCAGCCACCUCUCCAGCUUUGCCAUUCUCAUGGCAUCCACCAAAUUAAAGGUGGAUCCCGUGCUGACCAUGAUCACCUAUGUGGGGUUGAGCCUGUCUCUGCUGUGCCUCUUCCUGGCAGCCCUCACCUUCCUCCUUUGCCGACCCAUCCAGAACGCCAGCACCUCCCUCCACCUGCAGCUCUCCAUCUGCCUCUUCCUGGCCCACCUGCUUUUCCUCUCAGGCAUCAACCGGACAGAACCCAAGGUACUGUGCUCCAUCAUUGCAGGGGUGCUGCACUACCUCUACUUGGCCGCCUUCACCUGGAUGCUCCUUGAAGGGCUACAUCUCUUCCUCAUGGUUAGGAAUCUCAAGGUGGCCAACUACACCAGUGCAGGCAAAUUCAAGAAGAAGUUCAUGUACCCUUUUGGCUAUGGGAUUCCAGCUCUGGUUGUGGCUGUGUCUGCAGUAAUAGGACCCCAAAAUUAUGGAACACACACACACUGCUGGCUCAAGCUCGAUAGAGCGUUCAUCUGGAGUUUCAUGGGACCAGUGGCUGUCAUUAUCUUGAUAAACUUGUUGCUGUACUUCCAAAUUCUGUGGAUUUUGAGAAGCAAGCUUUCCUCCCUCAAUCAUGAAGUUUCUACCAUUCAGGAUACCAGAGUCAUGACACUUAAAGCCAUUGCUCAGCUAUUUAUCCUGGGCUGUUCUUGGGGCCUUGGAUUUUUUACAUUUGAAGAGCUGGGGAAGGUGAUCAGAUUAGUCAUGGCAUACACAUUCACCAUCAUCAAUGUCCUGCAAGGCAUUUUGCUCUUUGUGGUACACUGCCUCCUUAAUCGCCAGGUGCAAAUGGAAUAUAAGAAAUGGUUUAGAGGGAUGUGCAAAUGGGCUGAAACUGAGAGCACUGAGGUAACUCACUCUGGGACCCAAAUCAAAAUGAUGGAACUACGGAUGUCAUCAGGAGUCUUUCCUAGGAGAGACCUUGCUUCUGUGUAA